AUGCCAAUCUACAUCCCUCUGGCUCCUCCCAGGCUCCAAACCGAGUUCAACUACAACUACAACAUCGGCUACAACACAAUGCAGUGGAGAAGCAACGGACAGACACCACGAGUAGCUGCUUACGACACCGAAGACGAGGAAGAAGUCGUUUAUGACCUUGACGAACACGCCAUGGCCUGCCUACCACAUCACCUGCAGCAGGUAAUGCGAGAGCUUCACAUGGAGCGCCUGGAACGUCUGCACCGCGAGAACCCUUACUUCAAAUUCCACAGCCCAGUCGAUAAUCGCAACAGGCAUGCUUCUGCGUGGCUCGAUAGCGUGGUGUCGCAACUCGUGGAGAGGCGGUCAACGCACGGAGCAGGACAUCAUCACCAAGUUGGAGAGACACCAGAUGUACGUCUUCAACAGAUACUCUGUGGUGAAAGGCAAAGACAAACUACGGCAGAACCACGACAUACACUCGGCGAUACGGUCAGCCAGGCACGAAUCGCGUCCAGAACCCCGGAAUCAGACGUCACCUAUCACGAGGAGGAGAUAGUUGCAGGCGCAGGUGUCGAAACGGAACACGACUCAUCUCCGAUCCAGGAGUACUUUGGGGAGCGGGAUGAUAAGACUCGAACUCACAUCAGAUAUGCAACUUGGUACGGAGGUCAGCCCCUGGAAGAAAGGUCGGGCAGUCCCGAGUUUCGCAGGAGACGAUCACCAGUCAUCUUGGAAAUGCGAAGUCGACUUCAGAGGAAGAUUGGGAGGAUGAGCAGAUUCUUCAAGAGAUAUUCCGUUGCGUGA